UUAGGAAAUCGGAGUUACCAACUGGCUUUGAUGCGCCUCCAUGAGAUAUCCGGGAGUUUGAUUAAAGUAAAAUUUGAAAUGCUUCGACUAGUUGAAGAACUGAAGGACGCGGCAUGGGAGAGUGGCGAAGAUAAUGAGGAGAUUGAUCUUCGAAGGGAAACAAAACUCACGCCAUAA